CUUCAAGGAAAUAAUAUAUCGGUGAUAUUCAAAACAGAUUUUGAAGAUAUGGCAACGCUCCACGUUUUGUUGCUGUCCCUCAAUCAAAUUCACACUAUCGAAAGAGGGGCUUUUCAAGAUUUGGUGGCAGUGGAGAAGCUACGUCUAAAUAACAAUCAAAUACGCCACUUGCCAGAUCUUCUCUUUAGCAAUAUGAUGAAUUUAAAACGCCUAGACCUCAGUCACAAUCAGAUUGCCACCAUAGGACCAAAGACGCUUAGAGGAGUGUCCGCUCUUAGACAUUUAUUACUCGACAACAACGUAUUGACCUGCAUAGACGAAGCUUCGAUACGAGAAUUGAAAGAUUUAGAAAUAUUAAUGCUAAACAACAACAAACUCAUAACGCUCGGCAAGGAGAUGCUGAACGGCUUGUCGCAUUUGCGAACUUUGAAGCUUGCGGAUAACGCUCUCGCUUGCGAUUGCCAUUUAGCAUGGCUAUCGCGUCAUUUGAGGAGUUAUCCUCGCCUAGGGCAACACACACGAUGUGCAUCUCCGGCUCAUCUCAAGGAUCGCAAUCUCGCCGAUCUACAGGAGCACGAGUUCAAGUGUUCGGGCUUGGUUGAGCGUACAGGAUCGGAAUGCAGCGCUGAACCCCAGUGCCCGCAUCCUUGUAAAUGCGCUGAGGGGAUCGUCGAUUGCAGAGAGAACUCCUUGACGAAAGUGCCAACCCACCUUCCCGAGGACACCACUGAGUUACGAUUGGAACAGAAUGGCAUUACGGAAAUUCCACCCAAAGCCUUCUCACCGUAUAGAAAAUUGCGAAGAAUUGACCUGAGCAACAACCAGAUAAAAAAAGUAGCAGCAGACGCUUUUCACGGUUUAAAAUCUCUCGAAUCUCUAGUUUUAUACGGAAAUAAAAUCACGGAACUACCGGCUGGUCUUUUCCAAGGCUUAACAAAUUUGCAAUUGUUGUUGCUGAAUGCCAAUGAGAUAUCAUGCAUACGAACAGACCUGUUCAAAGACUUAACCAGUCUCACCUUGUUGUCUUUAUACGACAACAAUAUACGUUCAUUAGCUAAUGGGACUUUUGCCAACUUGCGAAGCAUUAAAACGCUACACUUGGCGAGGAAUCCAUUCAUCUGCGAUUGCAAUCUACGAUGGCUGAGCGCGUAUCUUCACGCGCACCCUAUAGAGACAUCCGGCGCUAAAUGCGAAGCGCCAAAAAGAGCGCAGAAACGGAAGAUCGAUUCGAUGCGGGACGACAAGUUCAAAUGUAAGGGUGACGAGGAACUGUUAACAAAAAGGGCUGGCGAGUGCAUUCUGCCUGGCGCCUGUCCCGCGUCCUGCACGUGCAACGGUGCAACGGUUGAUUGCUCCAACAAGAGAUUAACUGCGAUACCGAAGGACCUGCCGCUUUAUACGUCAACGCUACUGUUGAGCAACAAUGAACUGGACAAGAUCAAAGGCGACGGCCUCUUCGAGAAGCUGCCAGAGUUGCAGCAUUUGGACCUCAGGAAAAAUAAAAUCUCUCGCAUCGAGGCGUCCGCCUUUCAAGGAGCUCACAAUCUCACCGACCUACUUUUAUCCGAGAAUAGGUUACGAGAAGUACACAACAAGAUGUUUUCCGGUCUAACGAAUCUUAAAACGCUGAAUCUCGUCGGUAAUUCCAUUACGUGUGUUAUGCCAGGAUCGUUCGAUGAAAUGCCGCAUUUACGAUCUAUCAACAUGCAAAGUAAUCCGCUAUCAUGCAACUGCUAUCUCGCGUGGUUUGCUGGAUGGCUGAGGAAACGAAAUAUAGAUGGAAUCAGUGGCCAUUGUCAUGAUCCGCCGCGAUUAAAGGACGCCAUCAUAAAAGACAUUCCUCAUCAUGAGUUUAAAUGCACCAACGACAGCGUGGGUUGCCUAGGCGACGAUUACUGCCCGCCUCAAUGUAAUUGCGCGGGUUCGGUGGUGAGAUGUUCGAGGUCUCAGCUUACAGAGAUUCCGCGCGGGAUUCCGCCGGAAACCACCGAGCUGUAUUUGGACGUGAACGACAUCAAGACGAUCCAGCCGGAGAGGCUGAACCACCUGAGGAUUCUCACCAGACUGGAUCUGAGCAACAACCAGAUUGGAAUGCUGUCCAACGAUACCUUUAGGAAUCUUACGAAGCUGUCGCACCUAAUCAUCAGUUACAAUAAAUUGCAAUGCGUGCAGCGAAAUGCUCUCGCGGGAUUGAAAAAUCUGCGCAUAAUUUCACUGCACGGCAACGACAUAUCGGUCAUCCCAGAGGGAGCGUUCGAGGACCUCAAGUCUAUAACGCAUCUCGCUCUAGGGUCCAACCCGCUUUACUGCGACUGCAGCAUGCGGUGGUUGGCCGAAUGGGUGAAGAAAGAUUACGUGGAACCUGGCAUAGCCAGGUGCAUGGAACCGCCUGCAAUGAGAGACAAAUUGCUUUUGACGACACCGGCUACUGCCUUUCAAUGCAAAACCAAGCAACAGCCAGCCGAAGUCUUGGCCAAGUGCGACCUGUGUUACACCUCGCCAUGCGAAAAUGGAGGAUUUUGCGAGGCGCUUCCGGACCGGCAGUUCCGUUGCAAGUGCACGCCAGGAUAUCACGGGGACCGGUGUCAGCAUAAAAUUGACGCGUGCUAUGGAAAUCCUUGCAGGAACUCCGGAACUUGCAAAGUACUGGAGGAAGGAAGAUUCAGUUGCGACUGCGCCCCCGGGUACAAGGGACUUCGAUGCGAGAGCAAUGUCGACGACUGUGCCAACAACAGGUGCGCUAAUAACGCGACCUGCGUCGACCUCGUACAAGCCUAUCGAUGCGACUGCACCCCAGGAUUCAUGGGAGAAUACUGCGAGGAGAAGAUACCCUUUUGCACAAAGGGGCACGACCCCUGUGAGAACGGAGGCCGAUGCGUCGAUCACAAGACCCACUACAGCUGCGAAUGCCCGAUCGGCUUCACCGGCCUUAAUUGUUCCACAAACCUGGAUGAUUGUGUCGAUCAUAUGUGCCAGAACGGUGCUACUUGCAUUGACGGCAUAAAUAAUUAUGAAUGUAAGUGCGCGGCGGAGUAUACAGGGAGAUACUGCGAGGCUGCACCUUCGACAGCCAUGCUGUAUCCACAGACCAGUCCGUGUGCCCACCACGACUGUCAACACGGUGCCUGCUUCCAGCCCGCUCCUGCCUCUGCCGCGGACUAUCUCUGCCAGUGCCAUCCCGGCUAUACCGGAAAACGAUGCGAGUACCUGACGAGUCUGAGCUUCGUGGACAAUAGCUCGCUGGUCGAGCUGGAACCGCUACGCACGAGGCCCGAGGCGAACGUGACCAUCAUAUUCACGACCACGCAGGAAAACGGGGUUCUUCUCUAUGACGGGCAAAGCGACGGGCACAUCGCUGUCGAGCUCUUUAAUGGGCGGGUCAGGGUUUCGUACGACGUGGGUAAUUAUCCUACCUCGACGAUGUACAGUUACGAGAUGGUGGCCGAUGGCAAGCCUCACAUGGCGGAGCUGCUGGCGAUCAAGAAAAAUUUUACAAUGAGGGUCGAUCGGGGCCCCGCCAGAAGCAUCAUCAACGAGGGUCCGAAGGAAUAUCUAAAGCUUGUCACGCCAAUGUUCAUCGGUGGCGUAGCGCCGGAAGUUGCUAAAGUCGCAUUUACCGAGUUUCACUUAAGGAACAUUACGAGCUUCCAAGGCUGCAUCUCCGAGAUGUGGAUCAAUCAUAAGUUGGUAGACUUCAGCAACGCCGCAAAGAUGCAUCGCGUUACUCCCGGAUGUGCUGCUAGCGAGGAAGAGGCCGACGAGGCGAGAGAUAUUGUUGCAGCUGAGGAAAUUAACAAUAGCGGUAGUAAUGAGGAAUCCAUCCCGCAAGAGCAUAUACCUCGCAAACAUCCUGGUAUUUCUGAUGUCAUGAAGUCGAUUGGAUUGGUGCCUUCGCAUGCAUGUAUCGGACACGAGUGCAGAAAAGGAUCUCAAUGCAUAUCAUCAGUAUUCGACAACAGUUAUUCUUGCCGGUGUCAAACUGGCUGGCAAGGACGAUACUGCGAGAAAGCACCAACCUGUCGCAAGGAGCAUACAAGGGAGUACUAUAGCGAGAAUGGAUGUCGGAGUCGACGACCCGUGAAGCUUGCUAAAUGUUGGGGAAGUUGCGGCAAUUCCUGCUGUUUACCGCGGAAGACUAAGCGGCGCAAGGUACGAUUAAUUUGCACGGACGGCAUGCGGUACACCAAGGACAUUGACCUGGUGCGUAAAUGCACAUGUAGCCGCAAAUGUUACUAGCCAGUCGACGCAUCGCGGCCCAAGUCUCGUCGACGCGCGUCGAGACGUGAAACGAGACCGAGAAGAAACCCCCGGAUCCAUAGCAGCACCCCCGUUUCUCGCGCUUCCAUGCGGAAGAUGACGAAAGGAGCGGCAGCGGGACGGCGAGGACCGAGACCACAUUACCACGUGUCCUCGACAUCCCUAUGCGACAUCCCUUCGCAAGACGCAAGGGAGUGCGUGACGAAGUGCAGGCCAAAAUAAGAUGGACACACACAUAGCCGGCUCAGUGUGAUAUGUAUUAUUAAAGAAAAAAAAAGAAUGAGAAAAGAGAAAAAAUGAGAGAGAAAGAAAGAGUAAGAAAGCAGAAGCAAGAUUAUAUUGUACGUAUAUAUAGCUACGGACUCUAUCGAUAUCGAAGCAGUUAAACGUAUACUAGGUAUUAUUCGUAUAUAAUGACCCGAUAUAGGUAAUAUAAAAUGAAGGGUGGACGAAGAGCGUGAGACGCGAGCGCGCGCGCGGACCAACGCGUGUCCGCAACAUUUGCGAUCGCGGACCGCGCACGCGGGCGCUUGCGUGUUCGUAACAUCGUACGUACGAGUGCGUGCGAUUACGUCGUUGAUUUAGCGCGGAAUGGACCUAACUGGUAAUAGGGGAUUCGCGGUUACAUGUAAACAGGCUUCCGUAAUCUUCUUAUAGGAUCUAUAUACGCACCGCAUUUUGUUUAAUACAUUUCCCGAUGGCGAUUAUAAUUUCCUUGUUAGUAAUAUAUUAAUCGGCAUAUUUUUGUUCAAAAGUUAUUAAAAAGUAGAUUAACUUUCUGUUAUUAAAUUUAUUAUCUUUCAUUGCAAUGGGAAUUUGCGAAAUAUCUGAAAAAAAAGCAAUUAAUAUUUGAUGCGUUUAUUUGAAAUUCGUGAAAGACACACAUCAAUCUGUUGAGUAAUCACCGCUCUCUCUAUUUUAAUUAAAUUAUAGUUAUAUAUUUUUUUUUUAACAAACUUGAAUUUUUAUAUGAAAAUAUUACAAUAAUGAAAAUUAUUGACAAUCGUAAUUUCUUGGACAAGUUUUCUAAGUGUUCGCGAAGUCUAGAUCCCACGUUAGGUCUAUCUUCCUUUCAGCGAAUUUUUACUAAACGCGAAUCUUCGAUCGUAUAGCUAUUUCUACCCACUGAGCAAUGGUCUUUGAAUUUUUGCAAAAUACGAUCUACAAAUACGUGAAAAAUAGCGAAAGAGAGAGAGAGAGAGAGAGAGAGAGAAAUGUUUGUGAGAAUGAUGCGAAUGAUUGCAAUACGCUGUUGCUACAAAUUGUUUGAUUUGACGAUCGAAACAUUUCGCUUGUACAAUAUACAUGCGAAUAUAACAUCGUCAUAAUAGCCAAUAAAUCUAAACGAAGCAAAGGCAAAUAAUGGCGCAAACGGCAGUGUGUUUCUUGCCUUUUUCACGAGUUUAGUUACAGUGCUGCUAAUUUAGCGUUCCAGCUAUCACUUUAACUGCACAAUUCUUAGCUAGCUAAUUAGGUCAUUUGUAAAUCACUCAAUAAUCAAAAAA